AUGUCGAAGUCAGGCAACCUUGCUGCUCUGUCGGCCAUCCUGAGCCCCGGAGAAACACCUACCAUCUACUACGCCGAGGACCCUCCAUACCUCCCUCGAAUUCUUGUCUUCUACUACCCCGUCCAAGCUGUGGGCUCUCUGGCCUCGACUUCACGCAUCCGAACCACCAUCCUCUCCGCAGCUGGCUUCAAGAGCUAUGGCGCAUUCUCAGUUGCUCCGAACAGCAGUUACUACUCUGCAGUCCACAAGUUACCAGAAGACAAACAACGAGAUGAUGUCUCCCGGGGCAUUGCCUUUGCGCUUUGUCGCUACUUCUCCGAAGUGCCAACUGAGGUCAAGAAUGCCAUUGCCGAGGAGAACUUGCACCAUGGCAUUGCUCUGAAAUGGGGCCAGACCCAUGCUGCUCAGGUCACAUGCCGAAUGUGCAAAGUCAUCAACACCGAAGAGAUAGUUGAGGCUCUCCGCCCUUUUUCCAAGGAAAGGCCUGCAAGUCCGCAGACACCCACCAGACCCUUAGCUUCCAUCAGAAAGACCCGGCCAUCUAUCCUACCCCCUGAAAGUGGUGGUCAUGGUAUUAGUCGCGUCAAUCACGCCUUCACCCCAUCCAAGAGGAUACUCAGUGGUCACUCAAAACGUUCUCCGUCCAUCUCUACACCGGCAGCUCGAAAGGCAAGCUCGACAUUUGACCCAAAGCACUCGGUUCAGCAACUUGAGUCAUUACGCUUCAAGAUGUGCGAGUUUGUGGACACUGAAGAUAGGUACAUUACCCGUCUUCAAGAAUUGAUCGAACUUGUCACCAACCAGGGUCGUACCCCAAAGUCUUUGAGCUCCAAAUUCUCGAGCUCACGCAAUCAAAAGGCCGUGAAUGCCAUGAUCCAGUUUCCCUCUCUGCUGGACCAGAUCAAGGACUUAAAUCUGGCUUUCCUCGAUGAUAUUGAGACGGCGCUCCACUGCUCUGAAGAUGCUGCUUUGACCUUCUUGGACUCUGCGCCAGCGAAUCCGCAGCUCCUCACUAACGCCAAAGAUCCUAUGGGUGUCUACAGUUUUGCCAAAGUGCUUCUGAACCACUUCCCGAAAUUUCCCAUGCCCUACCGGGAAUACCUGGACCUGCAUUCUCAGGUCUCUUCAAAUCUCGAUCAAUUUUUGCGAGAAGGUACCACUUCAAUCCAGCAGGCCCCGUCUCUGCUUAUGGAGCCAGCUCAGCGUAUCUCAAGGUAUGGCCUUUACAUCGACACUAUGCUUCCGCAUGUGCCUUCCAAUUUCACCGUUGCAAUACGGGCUCUGGAGAAAGCCAGAAAAAUCAUCGCUGAGAUAUGCGAAAUGGAACCUGCGGCAUCUACCAUAUUGGACUCUCUACGCAUCGAGCAUGAAGCAAAGAAAAAGGGUCUUUCCCCGACCAAGUUGCUCUCAGGCCUCACCCGAUCAAAUGGAACAAUUCGGGAAGCCCCGGCAUUAACUGGCAGUGUCAAGGAAAGAGAAGGGCCUCGCCUUUUCCCCAGUCUAGGUCGCAGCCUGAGUCGGCGGCAUAAAACACCAAGGCCUGGCCUAUCAAGUAUCUUGUCUGAACAAGAUCCUGAGAAAGUGAACAAUGUUCAGUCUCGAACCGACGAGAACAGGCCCCUCACGUCGUCUUCAGCGCUAUCUUUCGGCUCCGUUAAGAGGCCGCCCACAUCAGGGUCAAGUGUCAGUGCCACGAACCGCUCCACCGCAAGCGCUAGUCCAGGUCCCAAUGCGCCUUCUGUAUUGCUGUCAAGCAAGAAACGCAUUGGUACCGGCCCUGCCCCUGCGACAGUCACAGGUAGCAUCAUGACAGCAAGCGUUGGCGACGGAGCCCAAACACCAACUUCAUCGCAGAUUCCCGGGGUCGAAAGCGUGGAGCAUUACAAAAGCCAGUUGGUACGGGUGGAGGAAGAGAAUUAUAAGCUCCUCCAAGAAAACGCCGAGCUGAAGAGGCUGAUCAGGGAAUGUACCUGCGGUCGUGCGGUGCGGCGGCCAUGA